GCUCGUUGUCAGUUUACAGCGAGACGUGUUCGGCGCGUACAUUGAUUCGUAGUGUUCCGCAUCGCGAGAGGAUGAAAUAACAUCGCCGUUUUUCGCCUGUUCACUCCGUAAUGAACGUGGAAUUGGUACGAAACCAGGUUAACAAGCCGCGACAGGUUAUACAUUUGGCCCACUAACGUGAUCGAUAAUUCCCCGAGGAAUAUAUGACACAGUAAAAAUGAAACUGAUUCGGCGAUAAUUGAUGGCAUCUUCUCCGAUACUUUGGAUCCAGCCGGAAUAACUUGCGAUGGCCUUUGACGCGAUGGAGAAGAAGAAAUGGCACCCGAAGAGUGGGCAGAUAAAUAAGUUCAUCAAAAAACGAAUACCCAUCGUUGGGUGGUUGCCGAAUUAUAAUACCGAAAAGUUUCUGAACGAUGCGAUCGCCGGCGUCACCGUCGGACUUACCGUGAUGCCGCAAGGACUCGCUUACGCUACUUUGGCUGGCCUGGAACCUCAGUAUGGCUUGUAUUCUGCAUUCAUGGGGGCAAUGGUGUACAUAGUAUUCGGUUCAUGCAAAGAUAUCACCAUUGGGCCCACUGCACUCAUGGCAUUGAUGACUCAUGAAUACGUACAGGGUAGGAAUGCCGAUUUCGCGAUACUGCUAGCCUUUCUUUGCGGUUGCUUGCAACUAUUAAUGGCUUUCCUACGGCUAGGAGUACUUAUAGACUUCAUUUCCAUACCAGUUACCGUCGGUUUUACUUCGGCAACGUCUGUUAUAAUCGUCGUUUCUCAACUGAAGGGACUUCUAGGACUGCAAAUUUCUUCCAAAGGAUUUUUAGAUACUCUAAUAAAAGUUUUACAGAAUAUUCACAAAACCAAUCCUUUUGAUACUGCGAUGAGUUUUUCCUGUAUCAUUAUUUUACUAUUAUUCAGGAAAAUGAAGGAUAUCAAAUUAUGUUCGAAUAACGAGAAAGCAAACAAAUAUCAGAGGGUACUGAUGAAGAUGAUAUGGUUAAUAUCAACGGCGAGGAACGCCCUGAUCGUGAUCGUCUGCUCCGCCAUUGCGUACAAGCUUAGCUCACCGGAACAUGGCUCUAGUUUUAUACUCACUGGUCCUGUAAGAUCUGGUCUUCCGCCUUUCGGUCUGCCGCCUUUCUCCACACAAAUGAAGAAUCAGACGUUGAACUUCAUCGAGAUGUGUUCAGAAUUGGGCGCCUCGAUAGCUUUGGUGCCUAUAAUCGGUGUCCUUGGGAAUGUGGCAAUUGCCAAGGCAUUCGCGAACGGUGGCAAAGUGGAUGCCACGCAAGAACUAAUUACGUUAGGAAUUUGUAACGUGCUGGGCUCUUUUGCAAGCGCGAUGCCGGUCACCGGAUCGUUUAGUAGAUCCGCAGUGAAUCACGCCAGCGGUGUAAAAACGCCAAUGGGUGGUCUCUAUACCGGAAUAUUCAUAUUGCUAGCGCUCAGCCUGCUCACUCCAUAUUUUUACUUCAUACCGAAAGCUUCGUUAUCUGCAGUUAUUAUCUGCGCGGUGAUAUACAUGAUUGAAUAUCAAGUCGUCAAGCUCAUAUGGAAAACGAAUAAAAAGGAUUUGAUUCCGAUGCUUGUUACGUUUAUAUUCUGCCUGAUUAUCGGUGUUGAAUACGGAAUUUUACUAGGUGUAGGGACGAAUCUCAUAUUCUUAUUGUACCCCUCCGCGCGCCCUACGAUACACAUCGACAAAUGCACGACUAGCUCCGGGGUUGAUUACCUGUUAGUGACGCCGGGAAAUAGUUUGUAUUUCCCUGCCAUUGACUUUAUCAAGAAAUCGGUCGGCAACGCUGGCAUAAAACAAGGUUCUAGUCAGAUACCAGUCGUAAUUGAUUGCAGAUAUAUUAUAGGAGCCGAUUUUACCGCUGCUAAGGGCAUAGCGACACUAAUACAUGAAUUUAACAAUCGGAAACAAGGUCUGUAUUUUUACAAUCCUCGCUCGGACGUCGUUGCCGUGCUUAAAGGAGCAUGCGAAGAGGAAUUUCGGUACAUCUCCACUCAAGACGAAUUAUCGUACUUGUUAUCGACGUGUCAAGAUAAAACGUCGCAACAACUUUUGGAAACAACGCGUGACAAGUCGCACGAACCUUUGAUGCUGAGUAUACCAGAAAUCAUUCAUCGGAACAGUCGCUCGUGCCAAGAACUUAAUGAAGUUACAACCACGUUGUUACACGCUACGGCUAGUUAGUUAAUAAAUACGAUUCCCGAUUCAUUUAACCGUCUCUCGUAAUAUCUUUACAUCCGUCAUCCGUUGACUUCGCACGUCAUUAAAAUAGUGGCACACAGAUCAGUGUAUAUACGUUAUUCAGUAUUAUUCAAAUACAUGGAAGAAUAUGAAAUCCACAAUUAAUCGUGCGACACGAGUUAAUAAUGUAAAUAUACUAUGAAUUUUUGUAUACAA